CCCAACCCUACCAAGAACUCCCCAAUCCGACACAUCUUCUGAACUACGUGCCCUGGAUUAUUCUGUAGAGCUUCCCUCUGCCAAGUACAAUUUUGGAUUCAAGGUUCUGAGAAGGUCCGGUGAACCCAUGUAAGGUGUUUUAAACAUCUCUUAUAAAAUAAACAUUGUCAUAGGUACUGAAUAAGCUUUUAUCUAUUUUCAUUGCUUUUAAAAUACACCAGAAAACUAUAUAUUUUAUAAAAUAACUCUGAAUAAUGAUAAAAUGUCAUAAAAUUAUUCACCCCAUGGAAACAUGUUUUUUUUAAAAUUAUUUAUUUCACUGUACUGUUGUAUAACAAAGUAAGAAACAAAAUUCAUCCAAAUUAUAAUAUGCAGUGCUUUGAAAAGAGAACUCUAACUAUUUUAAAGGACCUUGAGUUAUGUUCAACUGAUUAUACGCAAAGAGUGUUGCUAAUUUUGAACUUAAAGUAGUAACUGGAUUAGUAAAAUUGGAUAUUCUUUUUGUAAAAAGCUUACAGACAGCUGGUGGAUUUGUCUACUCUGACCAGCUGUUGCAGCUGUCAACUGUAAUCCCAUCCCAUGUCCUUUAUGGCCUAGGUGAGCACCGUCAGGACUUGAUGAUCAACACAACAUGGACAAGAAUUGUCCUCUGGAAUCGAGACCACAUCCCACAGGUUGGUGCAUUAUUUUUAGGGUACACUAUCUAACAGUUGAUGAAAAUAUAACUUUAUUUGUAUGAAUGUUUGUUCUUUACUCUUUCAAUGUUGCUCAACAUAAAUGGAGUACAGAAUAUUAAUUAUAUCAUUUGUCAAUUGUGGUUUUAUUGUUUUGUAGUAUACUUUAAUUAUGUAUAUGUUUCAACUGUGUUUGUGUGCCAGAGAUUUCUCAACCCCUUUUUUUUUUAAAACGUCAUCAAUUAAAAGACUCACCUUAAAACAAGUAUCCAUUUAAUAUUUUAGAUAUAAUCAGUGAAUUUUUUUAUGUUUAACUACAUACACUUGAAACUAUAUUCAUAAAUAUAAAAAAGACAUUCUUCCAUCAAAAUUUUUGGCAGUGAAACUUAUUUCAGAGCAAAAAAUGGUGUUCAAUCCUCUUGAUUUUUUUUGAUUUUUUAAAUUAAUGGAUUUUUUUUUUUUUUCUACUUGAUUGGUAUUUAUAUUUGUAUUUCUUUACAAUUAGUAGUUAAUAAAUCUUGUAUUCCAUAUCAUAAAUAUAAAAAAGACAUUCUUCCAUCAAAAUUUUUUGCAUUUAAAUUUAUUUCAGAGCAAAAAAUGGUGUUUAAUUCUUUUGAUUUUUUUUUGAUUUUUUAAAUUAAUGGAUUUUUUUUUUUUUUCUACAUGAUUGGUAUCUAUAUUUGUAUUUCUUUACAAUUAGUAGUUAAUAAAGCUUGGAUUCCAUAGGGUUUGGUGUAGAGAACCCGAAUAAUUUUGUUAUAUUGAUUUAUCAUGUUCAUUUCUUUUGCUCCAUUAGGAAAAUACAAACCUCUAUGGAUCACAUCCUUUCUAUGUGUGCAAAGAUGCCACGGGUUGGCACGGAGUGUUUCUACAAAAUUCCAAUGCAAUGGGUAUGUUCAAAAAUGUUCAUCAAUACAUAGCAAUAUAGGAGAAGAGAGAGGUGGACUGACUUAGCACUAAGCCCAUUCCAUCAUAUCUCAUAGUUUAUAGACAAUGUUUAUACAAUGCAUGCUCUCAUUGUGUCAGAGGUGAUUGUCCAACCGGCUCCAGCUGUUACCUGGCGGACCAUUGGAGGAAAUUUUGAUUUUUAUGUGUUCCUUGGCUCAAGUUUUGACAGUGUUGUAUCACAGUAUGUCAGUUUGGUGGGUACAACUUUUCUUCCACCGUACUGGGCUCUAGGGUUUCAUCUCUGCUGGCAAUAUUAUGGCACCGCAAACAACACACUGAAAACUAUGGAUAGACUCAGGCAGUAUGGCAUUCCACAGGUCAGUGAAGUGGACUUCACCGGUCAAAUACAAUACGAAUUAAUAUUUUCCCCAAUACCCUUGAUAAAUAAAACUCAAAUGAAAAGUUUAAAAAUGUUUAAAACUCACUAUUAUUCUUCUUUACAUUUUCAAGAUUCAUCUAUUAUGCUUUAUUUUUUUUUUUUUUUUUGGUAACUUAAUCGUUAUGAGUGUUUUAUUUAUCAAAGCUUUUCUGUUCUUUGUUUUAACAUUUCUGAACUCUAUGCAGUUUAAACCUUUUUUUUUUUUUUUUUUUUUAUUGUUUCUUUUUUUUUUUUUUUUUUUUUUUUUUUUUUUUUUUGGUAACUUAAUCGUGAUGAGUGUUUCAUCUAUCAAAGCUUUUCUGAUCUUUGAUUUAACAUUUCUGAACUCUAUGCAGUUUAAACAUUUUUUAUUUUAAUUUCUUUGUACAAAUGUAACUGAUUUUAAUCCUAGUAACAAAUAUUGUAAUCUAUUAUUAUAUCCCACUUAGUUCCCUUGAAAUUGAAAAGAAACACACACACACACAAAACUGUUAAAAUUCGUACACUCGAAUAAAGCACACCAAAAAAAGAAGGUUUUUGGUGGGUGUAUGUUGCUGCUUAAAAACAUUUUUAUGAGUCUUGUUCAUUGGCCUCCAAAAAUAUCAAUCUUAAAGUCAUUACAUUCUUUUGAAUAUUUAUGUACGUCUUUAAUAAAGAGUUUGAUCAAAAAUAGUCACAGUUUUAAGCUCUUUAAUAUUGUGCUUAUUAAAAGAAAAUAGAUUUCAGGUAUUUAACUCAAUAAAUCUGACACAAUUCUACUGUGGGAGAGAUAAGAAGGCAAUCCCAAUGUAGCAAUUUAUCCAUUAAAAAACUGUCAUUGAGCAAAAAAGCAAUAAUUUAAAUAAAACAAUUUGUAAAAUAAGUAUGAAAAGUCGUGUAAUGGUGUCAUGGAAGCAUUGAUGUAAAAAAAAAAAAAAUGUUCAUCAAUUAUACUUUCUGUAUUCUGUAGGAUGUUCAGUGGAAUGAUAUUGACUAUGCUGAAGGGGGCAGGGUGUAUACAACUGAUGUGCACACUUUUGGAGACCAAGCAGGCCUAGCUAAGGAGAUCCAUGCUAGGAGCAUGCACUACAUCAUCAUGGUGGCAAGUACUCACAACUAUGUGUUGUUUUUAUCCAGUAUAGUGGCUUUGAAUGGGUUGCAUUAGGAUUUGAACCAUGACGUUAUGGCUCCAUGACCAUGAAAGAAAAAAAUGUUACUUAUUGUUUGGAUAAAAAUUCUCAAAUGUCUGUGUUUCCCUCUUCCAUAAUGUUGCCUUAGGACUGUGGAAUCAGCAAUAACGCCACACCUGGAACUUACCUGCCUUACGACCUGGGUGUGAAACUUGGGAUUUUCAUCAAUGGAUCAGAUGGGAAGCCCCUGGUGGGCAGGGUGAGUUUGUACACAGAUUAAACAGGUGUUUCAUUUGAUACACUACUUUGGCUAUGUUAAAAUAAAUUAUGACUUGAUCAAACUAUAAUUAAACCUAUAAUUUUUUAGCUUUUGGCAAAUCCUUGCCUUGACUAACAUUUCUUUGCCUUGUUGUACUCUACCAUGUUAAUAGUCCCCCUUAAGUCAUGGUUAUUUUAAUCUUUGCUGGGUGUAUGUGUAGGCUGUGGCUACACUAUGAAUAGAAAUGUCUCAAACAUGAAAUGGAUUUUGUAUGAAGAAAGAUAUAAUGCACAUUGAUAAAAACCCAAAGAAAUUGUUUUGAUGAAGAAUUUUUCAGGUGUGGCCUGGAACAACUGUUUGGCCAGAUUUUCUUCAUCCUGCUGCCACUCAAUAUUGGACAGAAAUUGCAAAAAAAUUUCAUGACAAAGUACCAUUUGAUGGCAUGUGGGUGGUAAGGCAUUCAUUUUUACUAAACACUAGACAUCAUCAGCAAUUUCUCAACUACAGCUAUUAGCUUGAAAUUUAAUGCAUGUUAGGAUAAGCAAAUGGUUAUAUGUUUUUAAAAAAAAUUUAUAAAGGUCUUUUCAUUUAGAUUUUAAAAUUGUCUUAUUCCCAGGACAUGAAUGAAAUUUCUAAUUUUAUUGAUGGUUCCAUCAAUGGAUGUGACCCUAAAUCCAGCUACGACAAUCCACCAUACCUGCCAGGUAGAUUCUUUUAAAUAACAUCUAUUUGUUUGACAACUUUAAAAAGUGGUGAUUCUGUAUUUUUGAAAGAAGUGAAUUUUUUUUAAAAUUGUCAUAAUAGAACUAUUUGAUGAGAUGACUACAUCUAAAGGUGACUCACUAUCAUAAAAGAUAUAAUUUCCUUCUAUUAUUGAAAAAUAAAUAAUCCACUGAGCCAACUCUUUAAUCUUGUCAUCCCAGCUGUUUCAGGGGGAAAUCUCUACACAAAGACCAUCUGUCCAUCAGCUCAACACAAAAUCUCAAGCCACUACAACAUACAUAACAUCUAUGGCUACUUUGAAACAUACAGAUCUAACCGGUAAGUUGAAUCAGUCUAGUGUGAAUCAUAACAGCAGUAUGUUUGUAAGCAACGAUAUGGCCUAUUGGUUUUACCUAAGGCUAACUCACAUGAGCUGCUCAUAGUGUGUUCACUGUUGCUAUGCAGGGCUUCCCGUGCCAAGGCUUGAGCAGUAGUAUAUGAAAACGUAUCAAUCAAAUGUUAUGAUUUUUUUAAAUUCUCAGAGCACUGAAGCAGCUUCGGUUCAAAAGACCUUUUGUCAUAUCGAGGUCAACCUUCUCGGGUCAAGGCCACUAUGGUGGACACUGGUCAGGGGAUAAUGCAGCAACAUUUUAUGACAUGUACAAGUCCAUAUCAGGUAGUCACUAUUUAUAUAUCCCUGAAGUACAAGGUACAAAUUGGCCGCUUAAAGCAGGUAGAAAUGUGAGAAAAGUUAUUAUUGACUAGUUAGUUGAUAAAUCAUGAUUAGUGCUUUUUAAUGUCAUGUAAAUCAUGAAAAAAUAAUCUCUUCCCCAGCUAUGCUUCAUGCCAAUAUGUAUGGUAUCUCAGUGACAGGCUCUGACAUUUGUGGAUUCAAUGGAAACACAACUGCUGAGCUGUGCACCCGCUGGCAUCAGCUUGGAGCCUUCUACACAUUCUCUAGGAACCAUAACUCUGACUCAUCUGUGGUAAUUCAGCUAACUCUUGUAUUAUUUUUUUUUUUUUUCUAUGAAUCGAAUCUGUUUUACUUGUACAGUUAUUUCAACUGUUCUGUGUGUAAAGGAAAGCAUUAUAUAGAACUUAGACGUCUCUUUUAUGUAUGAUUACAAUCACUAUCUGUUCAUUUCUAAAGAUUUGAGGUUUGUCUUUUAUAUUUUUAGAUGUUAUACAAUUUAUGUUUAAUUGCGUUGUUUCAUAUGUUGUUUGCUUUUUUGUUUACAAAGGCUCAAGAUCCUGGUCAGUUUGGUCCAGAAUCAGCUGCGUCCACCCGUAAAGCUUUGCUGACUCGCUACUCACUGUUGCCUUAUCUCUACACUCUCAUGUUCAAAAGCCAUGCCCUUGGGAGCACUGUUGCAAGGCCUCUGGUAUUUGAGUGAGUCCUCAUGGAAGGUCACUUUUUAUUCCAUAAAACUCAGUUCAUAUGGGCCAGGAAAAUACAAAUCUUGUGAUUGGGCCAUAAUGUCCCUUUUAAUGUAUUUGAGAGAAAAUUAUGUCAUUAUGAUUUUAAAUAAGCUUUAAAUGUUUAUUUGUGAUGAUAAUUAAUAAUGUAAUCUUAGUAUUCUGGUAAUUUUUACAUAACUGUUGAAACUAUUUCAUCUUAGAUUUCCUGAUGACAAGACAACUUAUAAUUUGGACAGCCAGUUUAUGUGGGGGCCUGCUCUGAUGAUUUCCCCUGUCUUGAAGGAGGUACAGAGUUGUCUUAUAUAAAACAUUAGGACUUUGUCAUGAUUGCCUAGAUUGUUUUACAUAAGGCAAAAUAGGGAAAAGGAAUGUAGAAGUAUUAAACAAAAUAACCCAAGUUGAAAGUAUUUAUUCACAGAAUGACAGAUCAGUCCUUGCUUAUUUCCCGAAAGACCGCUGGUAUGAUUUCUACUCUGGAGCCAAAGUUGAGGAUACUGGCCAGCAUGUAAGGCUUGACGCUCCACUAGAUGUGAUCAACCUGCACGUACGUGGUGGACAUGUGCUUCCAAUGCAACCACCUGGCCUCACCACUGCCAUAAGGUUUGUUGUUUCUCUCACCUGGCUAUUACCAGUGUGGUCUUUUGCACUGAACACUAGAAAUGAAUUUCCAAACCCCUUGGGGGGAGGGGGGGUGGGUGCCUAGUAUGCUCUUUUAGGAUUUAAAAAUUAAUUUUUAAAAAUAUAAUACAGUAGUACUAUUGAAAUGCUUCUACGGUCUUUUCUGCAAUGUUCUCCUAGCAAGCUUGGCUAAACAAAAACAGAAGUCCACUGAUAGAAUUGUCAUCUGGUGGUUACUCUUUAAACCUUGAGCAACAAAAGAGAAACUUUCAACGUGAUUAAUUCAUCAAAAAAUAUAUAUAAUUGUGACCUUAAAGAUUAACCCUUUGAUUUGUCAUGGAAUAAAAAAAAAUAAACAUUUGUUCCAUUAAAAAAAAAAAAAAAAAAAAAAAUUAAAAAAAAAAAAAAAAAAUAUAUACAAAAAAAAAAAAAAAAAAAAAAAAAAAAUCAACAACAAAAAAAAAAAAUUAAAAAAAAUUAAAAAAAAAAAAAAAAGGCAAUUAAGACAGUGGCACAAAUUUGGUAUGUUUUCAUCUUGCAGUCGCACACAGCCUUUCUGGCUCCUGGUUGUGUUAGAUGCUGCGGAAAAUGCUAAUGGGGAAAUAUUCUUUGAUGAUGGAGACUCCAUAGGUAAAUAAAUGUUGGUUGUUACUUUAUGUCUAAGCAUAAAAAUAGCAACAUAAACCGUCACAGUUUCGUCAUUUUAAAUUUCCUGGUCAUCUGCUUUACAGUGCUCAUAAUUAUAUUGUGUUAAAUUAUGGAUUUGAAGGUGGUAAAAAUAAAAGAAAUAUUUUUUUUUUAAUUAAGCAAAAUUACCACAUCUUUCUUUCAUAUUUAUGAUUUUAUAAAUUUUUUAAAACUAAUUAAAAUUUAUAUUUUCAAUGCAAUACCUUGCUUACUAUGGUUCCAUAGACCUGUUCUGUUCAGCUCAUUAAGACCAAAUAACUAAUCUAUUCCCAACAGAUACCUUUGAACAGGGACUCUAUAACUGGAUCACCUUCUCUGCGACAAAGGUAAAUCAAUAUUUAAUUUGAAUAAGCUAAGAAACCUAUAGGUGAAAUAUGAGGAUAUAAAAAUUGGAGAUCUCACAUCAAGAUUUCAUCAGCAAAAGAAAAUUAGUUAAUAGAAGGUGCUACAUUUUUCUUAGUUAAAAAGCAUAAUCGAGUCAUGAUUUGUUUAAGAGAAUUUCUUGUCAAGUUCAACCCAAUGGAAUUAGGUUUAAAAAAAGACAAAAGUAAACCAUGCAGCAUCAGAAAACAGAAACAUCUGCUUCAACCGCACAUCAAGACAACUUACAGGUGUUGGUUGGUUAGAUAAGAUUUGGAUGGUGUGAAUCACCAGAGAGGAGUUUCUCUGCAAUGCAACAAAUAAUGGGCCUGUUAUUCCAUGACCACACCCCACUCAGGAUUGUUUUGGUUAUGCUUUAGUUCAACCAAUGCUACUGCCUGUUGCCAUCUAGAUAUACACUGUAGGCAUAAUUAUAGAUAUAUAUUGUACAUAUGGAUCUACAUAUAUACUAUAGACAUAAUUCUAGCUAUAUAUAUUGUAAACAUUAUAUAUAUAUAUAUAUAUAUAUAUAUAUAUAUAUGCUGUACACAUGAUUCUAUAUGUAUUUACUGUAAAUGUGAUUUUAGAUAUAAAUUGUAAAUCUGACUCUAAUAUUUGAGCACUUAUGAUUUCAUGGCAUCUCUGCUCCAGGCUGGCCUUGUAAACACAGUAAAGCACUCCAACUUUACAACUGAACCCAUGGCACUCAGUAACAUCACAGUCUUCGGCCUGGAACAGAAGCCGAGCAGUGUUAUGCUUAAUGGAUAUUCAGUAUAUUUUAUCUACAACAAUACGGUAAGGUCAAGCUAG